CUUAGUCUCACAACAGUCAUGGCCUUCAGGCCUCAGGAUGCUGAGGAUGAAUCUCUUCGAUGUCCAUUCUGCAGCUUCGUAACUGAUGAAUUUGACGAUCUUCAAAACCAUGUCGACAGAUCUCAUGCUGAAUCUGAUGUCGGCGGUUCUGCUCAGUCUUGGAACUCUUCGACCGCUCACUUGAAUGAUUUCGAGUUGGCGCAGCUCCUCGCCUUUGAGGAAGCAGGCUUACCAUCAGAGCUGGCGUUGUCCGAAAAUUCCAACGCACCUGCCAGACCCGGCCAAGGCCCCGAGGAAGCCACGAUGAACCCCAGGGAUGAUCUACCAAACCCAAAAGUAGGUGACCAUGAAACCCCGUCAUGGGUCCCAUGUAUCUGCGGUGAGCGCGUUGACAUGCUCGAGUUGGACGCUCAUGCCGACAUGCAUGCUCAGGAAGAUGUCUCAGCGACUGACGUCGAUCUUGUUCUCGAGGAGCGUCACCCUGCCCAACUUUCCAACGGCUUCACUACCACGAUAUCUCAAGCUUUGCGCAAUCAAGAACAACUGCAGUCCAGGACCCCACCGAAGAAUGGCAGAACACGGAUUUCUCCUCUUAAAGAGAUGUUCCUAGGCACUUCCUCGUCCCCCAAACGGAGCACACCCUAUAAAGCGGUUGUAUCCAAACAAGGCAGGUCCAAACGCUUGGGGCGAGCUGAAUUAGGUCCUUUUGCGCACGAGAAGCAGAUGCCGGAUUGGUUAGAGCGCAUGCUCGAAGACGGGGCCAAAACCUCCAUCAUUAACAGAAUCGGACCAGAUGGUCUGCUGAACCGGGUAGAAGUCGUUGCCAAUGAAACUCCCCAUCUAAUCCCUGUUCUCGCACGACUCUCUCAAUUGGAUAGAUCGGUCGAGCGAGCGUUCUACUGCAGUCCGGAUGUUCGUCACAUUGCCAAAAUUCCUCGUGAAGGAGGAUUCUGUGGAUACCGAAAUAUUCAGAUGUUGGUAUCCUAUAUUCAGGAAUCCGCUAGCACGGGCUAUAGGCAUUUCCCGGGGCGGACGCCCAGCAUCCUGAGAAUUCAGGACAUGAUUGAAAGUGCCUGGGACAGAGGUUUCAAUUCCACAGGCAGGCUUGAGACUGGUGGGAUCAAACUCACGCGAAAGUACAUCGGGACGCCAGAAGCACAGGCGUUGUUGAUGAGCCUCGACAUUCCAUGCGAAGCGACUGCGUACGCUUCCACCGACACAGUCGAAGCUUCGGAGACGAUGCUGUGUGCUGUAUGUGAAUACUUUGACGACCAGGAUAGCCGAGACAACCGGGACAAAGUGGUUAUCACGAGCAAGCCACCCAUCUAUUUUCAGCACCACGGUCACUCGAUGACGAUUGUCGGGGUGGAGAGCCGAGUCGAUGGACUCGUCAAUCUUGUUGUUUAUGAUCCAAUGUUCAAUCCAAGCGCGGUCCUUAAGAAGCUUGCCUUGACCAUGUCAAGGGCAUUCAAGUGCGCAGAGCCGGAGAAGCUUCUCAAGGCGCAUCGGAGAGGCGAGAGCUAUUUGUCCCGUUAUCGAGACUUUGAAUUGUUGAAAUUGAUGGACGGCAAGACACCUGCGGCUCCGGCAGGAUGAGGCCAAGGCGAGGCCAGGCGGGCAUGCACAUGAUUUGCUGUUCGUAGCAUGAGCGCGAUGGGAGUUUUCUCGGAUCGGGAGGUUCAUUCUUGAGUCAUCAUUGCAUAGCGACGACAGGAGAGGCGUUUGUUUGGAGCGGAGGUGUUGCGGUGUUGGCGCACAGAUGGUAUUGGCAGGGAUAUGGCAUAGAGGUUUAUAUAGAACAAGUCAC